UCUCCGAUGACCCGUCCAGGCUGCGCGUCCCCCUGACUGACAUGGUGCGAUGUUCCGCGCUGCCUCACACAACGUGCACGUGCUCUGGGUGGUUGUGUUUUACUUUGUUUCCCUGCCGGACGCUGGCUGUCGGUCAGCCGCCGCGGACAGCUGUCAUGAGGUGAAGACGGCCUACGUGAUGCGCCAAAUAGGCCCCGUGGAGCUGGUGCCGGACAGGCCGGGAACAGACGAGUCUCUGCGGGUGUGCGUCCAGCCCGGGCCCAGCUGCUGCACCGGCAAGAUGGAGGACAGCUACAUGGCGGCGGUUCGCGGCGAGACGCAGCAGAAGAUGAGAUCGUACAGCUUCGAACUGAAGUACCUGAUCGCAGGACACGCCAAGGCCUACCGAGAGACCUUUGAGUCGCUCGUGUCCUUCACCUCUAACCUGACCGGCGCUCUGUUUGACAGCGCUUACUCUGCUCUUGCGUCAGACUGUCGCCCCCUUGUGUUUCAGCUGUUCGGCGGCAUCGAACGCCACCUUUCUGGACACUCUAAUUCCACACUGGACGCCACCGUGCGCCAGUUCUACAACGAUCUUUUCCCGUUGGUCUACCGCCGACUGCUCAACCCCGGGGUCGGCCGCGCGUCGCCGACGUUUUAUUCGGCCCCCCCGGCCGGUCGCGACGACUGCCUGCGGAUGACGCGGCGGGACGUCGGCCCCUUCGGGCCCCACCCCCGCCUCCUGGUCGGCAGCUUGUCCCGCGCGCUGGAGGCGGGCCGAGCGCUCAGCCGACUGCUGAGGCUGGCUGGAGAGGUGGUGAACGCCACCGAGAAGGCCGCGUUAUCCAGGGAGUGUGGGCGGGGCCUCGUGAGGAUGCAGUACUGCUCGCACUGUCGGGGGAUGACGAUGAUACGGCCGUGUACGGGACUGUGCGUCAAUGUCAUGAGAGGCUGUCUGGUGGGUGUAUCGGAGCUGGGCGCCCCCUGGGGGAGUUUGGUGGUAUUGCUUCAACGGUUAGCUGCUACGUUAGCAACCGGCAGCAACCACAACAGCAUGGAGUUAGCUCUGUUAGCGGUGCGCAAUCAUGUGAACGACGCUGUCCUCCACGCUCAGCUGCACGGGCCACGCAUCACAGCCACGGUAGAGAAGGUGUGUGGCCCCCAGGCGGCUGGUCCCAUGAUGCACAGUGCAAAUCCCUCUUCCUCGCAUCUCACUCCUCUGAGCCCUUUUCCAUCGGCGACCUCAGAGAAGUCAACCGUGACAUCGCCUCCCUCGGCGCGUCCUCUUGCCCGUCAGCGCCCGCCGCCGCAAUCCCCGAGGUCGUUCCUUCUUAAAGGCUCCAGAGGAGACAAGAGCCGCAGCUUGAAAAAACUGUCUCGGGAGUUCGAGGGCUCUAUCCAGCGGUACCGGUGGUUUUUCUCCGAGCUGCCGGGGAUGCUCUGUGAAAGUGAGAUGGAGGUGGAGCAGCACACAUGCUGGAGUGGCUACGACGUCGUGGAGAGUUAUGCGGGUCGUGUGGCUGGCAGCAGUUUUAAAGCCCAGAAAGAGAACCCGGAGUUGACCGUCCGUAAUACCGAUCCUGUCCUGAAGGGGGCGAAGCAGAGGCUGGAGCAGCUAACACAGGAGCUGUUGCUGGACCUCGGCUGGGCGAGCAAAACCAGAGGAAAGGUGGAGGAAGAGGAGGGAGGAAGUGCACAGAUGGAGAGGGGCAGCGGAGACGACUGCGAUGAUGAAGAUGGCUGUGAAGCAUCUGGUGUGGACAAUGGUGACACGGCCAGCGGUCAUCGUGCAGUCACGAAGGACAUGGCUCCUGCUCCUCCUAUUCCUCAUCGCCCCGUCCCUCCUCAUCACCUCUCACCUCCACAGGUGGCUGUUCGAGGCUCGGCCAACACCUCGUCUCUUCGACCUUUGACCCCGGCGACCCUGCUGCUGCUUCUCCUGCUGUCGUCAUGGGAACACCGCUGAUCACUGACAGAGACUUGAGAAAAAAGACUUAAAGGUUUUGUGGGGAAGUUGAGUAUUUGGAGUACAGGUCAACCACUCUUGAUUGUUUUUAGUUUUUUUUGGGUGGGAGGAGCUACAGGGAGGAGCUACAUGUGCGCUAUAUGCAUUUCUACGUCACCUGCACUGACCUCCACACGUGUUUGUUUACGUGUAUUUAACUUUUAAAUAGGAUAGACUGCACAGCACUACUGACUUUUUUUUUGGACGAGAGAUGUAAAUACAAAUAUAUAUAUAUUAUAUAUUUAUAUAAAGAAUUUCUAUAGAUAAAAAAAAAAUGGCUUGAUGUGUAAAUAGAGAAUAAUAUAGAACGGAGAAGGUUGACUUUGACGUUACGGGGCGUUUAGUUUAGUUUGACCCCGCCCCACACACACACACACACAGAGACGGCUGUAGUUGGAGCUGAUGCAGCAAUGUAGUGACGCAAUCAUUUUGAAUAGAAAUGGUCAAAACAAUAACUAUAAGGCGACACUUUUCACAUAAACGUAAUGCUCGUUCACGCAAGUUGGCAAUUCUUUAAAAAAAUUAACUAAAAUAAUGCAGCGAGAGAUUUAACUGCGGAACACAUUUUAAAUCCUCAAAAAAAAAAGACUCUUUAGUCGUAAUCUCUCUUCAGUUUCCUCUGCUAGUUUGACAUUUUCUACACAUAUAACACCUUUUUAUAUUAGUUGUGGGGAAAAUUUAGUUAACACUCUUUUCUUCUCCAGCUGUACAGUGUGUAUUUGUAAAAGCCCCUGGAGGGAGGGAUGUAACAUCUCACACGUCGACUUCUAUUUCACCGCCGCGCUCGGCAGAAAGCCCGGUUAUAAAUAAAAGUCUCGUAAACAAUAAAAAUUCAUCUUAUACACGAGAAGACUCAGUCUGAACGAGACACUUUAAUUUUACAUCUCGUCGCCGUGUGCAAUUUCUGAUUGGGUCUGACUUUCUCCUCGUAAUUUUCUGCUGAGUCAACAUAAAAAUAAAAAAAACCAUUAAGAGGUACACACGUGUGAGUUAUCUGGGCAGUGAGCCCAAGCAGCGUAUUCGCUGGCGGGAUCCUUUUACAACAUAAUCUGUCGAACACAUGCGGUAUUACUUGAUUCUCUUUUAAACGCCGUAUCCAAAUGAGAUGAUAUUUUUUGGAUAUGAGCCAAACCCCCUUCAUCUGUGACAGCUCUACGACCUACAUAAAAAAAACACCGACUCAUACAUAUGCACAUACUGUCAAUACAUUAAAUGUUGAAAAAACAGGAAGGUCUAUUGACAUCAAUAUUUGAGUUGAAAUUCUUUUUCAUUAUAUUAUUUUAUAUGCCUAUUCCUUAGAUAAACGCGAAAAAUAAUGAGCAUUUAUAGCACUUUUGGGUAAUAAUUCGAAUUAAAUCGCCUGGAAAAAGUGAUGCUCAAAUUGAUAAUAUGCCGCGACAAGUAAUUAUGCGGAUGCUCAAAAAAACACCGACUCAUACCAAUGCACAUACUGUCAAUACAUUAAAUGUUGAAAAGAACAAGAAGGGCUAUUGACAGCAAUAUUUGAGUAAAAAAAAAAAAUCUUAUAUUAUUUUAUAUGCCUAUUCUUUAGAUAAACGCGAAAAAUAAUGAGCAUUUAUAGCACUUUUGGGUAAUAAUUCGAAUUAAAUCACCUAAAAAAGUGAUGCUCAAAUUGAUAACAUACCGUGACAAGUUAUUAUGCGGAUGUUCACCUUUUUAACGGAUCGGUUAAAAUCUUCGCAGUGGAUGAAGUGUGAAGAUUGCUCGUGCAUAUUUGUAUAGAGGACCAAGCAAAUGUUUUUCACAUCAACCACAGAAGUGACUUUUUUGUCCUCUAGGACGGUGUUGUCAUCGUCAACAAGAUUGAAUUAAUGUACUUUAUCAAGGUCUAACAGCUCUUUUUGUGUAGAUAUCUGUGGUCAUUUUAAUUUGACUUAGUGACUCUCAUGUGAAAGGUAAAUAAACCCACUGUAAUACAUUGUGUUGUGUCAUUAAUACACAGCGUAACAUCACCAGUAAUAAACUGUUUUCAAAUGCAUACUGGACUUUGUCUCUUAUAUACUGUGUAACUGUUCUAGUGUAAGAUGAGUGACAGAUAGUGCUGAAAAUAAGUGUAAUUAAAGUGUGUUCCUCUAAAUGUAGCUUUCAUACUUCAAAUUAAAGAUAUGCUUUUGAAAAAA